AUGAAGAGUUUUUUGAUACUAAUUGUUUUGUUGGGACUGUAUGGAGAAGUGUCGUGCCGCUACAAGAGCCGCCACUUUCACUCGAGGCAAUCGAAGAAGUUCAGCAAUGUAGAGAGGGUAUUUCAUGGAACUGAUAUUGUCAAUCCGAAUGCCCCAGAUACCAAAUACAACGACGCUAUCGAAGAUCCAUCAGUUGGAAUCGUCGUCUCAAUAGAGUUGUAUAUACACGAAAGAUUGGACAUAUUUUUCCACGCCAAAAAAACACAAGCUUCCAAGGAGGUUAUCCCGCUUCACAUAUCGAUCCGUCCCAACGAGGAUGCUAUUGUCUUCAAUUCCCUAAUCAGGGACAAGUGGGAUCAUGAAGAAAGAAGAAGGCUUCCUUUUGAAAUUCAAUCUUUGGUUUUGAUCGAUGUGAAAUUCGAUUAUACUGGUUUUUUGGUAAGAUAA